AUGGUUUCAAACUCCAAAAACUGUUCUGGUGCUGUCAACGGUAGCUCAAACGCCAUCAAUCUCGCGCGUCCAGUACGCUCAAACCGAAACUGUUCCUUACCUCAAUCGCGCCAUACCUUCGCCUUUGACGACAGUGACCGUGAGACUGUAGCGGAUGCUCUCGCACACCUGCUACCCGCUGCAGAAGUCCGCCACUCUAGCACUACUACAGACCCUGUCAUGAUGAAUGACAGCAACAGCGAGACUGAAUCUUCAGCCUCCCCACUUGCACCUUCAUUCUCCCCUUUGACCCCCGCUCGCACCAACGGCUAUGCCAUAAUCGAUCCUGAGAUCCCGCCUCUUUGUGACAAGCACAUCCAAGACGGCCGCUCUCCUGACCCCAAAUUGAACAAGCGCAAGGCCAGCGCUGACAUCCCAGUCACUCCUCCGCCUCGUCACCUUCGCCAGAAGACUAGUCGUACCACCACGACCUUCAAGCCUGUCUCGAAGCCCAAGAGCUCCUCGGCCCCGAAGGCUACUGCAGCAUCCAAGACUACUUCUGCCGCCACGACCAAGAAGGCCAAAACUCCCGCCGUCCAGAAGACUUCCCAAGCCCUGUUCUCCUCUGGAGAUUACCCCGAACCUCGUAACCUCGAAGGAUCUCUCCCUGUGUUCUUCGACGAAGUGCGCGGAGUACCCAGAGCCAGUCAAAGCGCCAACCCAUUCAUCGCCCUCGCUCGCAACAUCCAGAGCCCCGAUGCCUUCAUCACCGCCGCCGCUGAAGCCGAUUCUAUCACUUUGGGCUCCGACGACCGCAUCGGCGCCAGCACCACCGACAACAUGUCAGCCUCCCAGCGUGCUAUUCACGAUAUCUCAACCACCGCACACCAGCUGCUCCGCCGCCAGCGUGUCUUGAUUCACGACUACGACACCUUCGACGUGCAGACUUACAACCCUAGUACCCGUGUGGACCGUGGUACCGCCGCACUCAGACAGUUCGUUGGAAUUCUGAGAGAAGGUCUCAACAAUAUGGAAGCUGAUCUUGCCGCCUUGGAUGGUUUGUAA